UCACAUCAACCUCAUCAACCCUACAUAAACUACUCAGCAAUAAAAACAACAAAGUCCUUCACUAUACUCAAAAACGACCAGACAUCGCAUCAGAGGUCAGAAUAUUUACUUCAACACUUAAAAAUUCCGGGCAUCAAACGUCAUGGCCUUCCAAAGCCUCAAGAUAGAGCAUGGUGCUGGCGAUUUGGAGUAUGAUGCAGAUACUGAGAGCAAGAGACCCUACAAGAACAGAAGAAGAGUACAUCGUGAUUUUACUUUUACAAAUCAGAUCCUAAAGAAAAAUCAUUCCAUGGGACGCGCCACUCCAUCUCCUCGAAAAUCAAACCGGAUUUAUCAUGCAGAGCCUCUUUUCAGCAACCCCGUACAAGAAGAUAUUCACGGUGGUCUAAGAGGACCUGACGGCUCAUUCAACGCUGGAAAUGAUAAUUUGGCUACUCCUGAUUGGACUUCAGACUACGAGGAUGAAGAAAGAAUUGCUUCGUUUAUUAUCCAGAAAAGUAGACAGUCCCCUCUUAAAUCAUAUGCAAUCUAAUCUAACCAAAACCAAAGGAAAUUCAAGUAGCGAUGGCGAAAUUAAACCUUUUCUCCCGAAAAACUUGAUAGUUAAAAUUUUCGAAACCAUGAUCAAGUCACCACGAAAGCCUAAGAACUCAAACACAACUCGAAACUCGAAAUCAAUCUUAUGCACGGCGAUAGAGGGAGAAGAUACCAACUCGGAGCCCAGCACAAAGAAUGCAUUGAGGACUGAUGGAAAAGAGGAAGAGGGUAAAGCAGGCAAAAAUAAUGGCGGCAUGAUUGAUGCCAUUUGCUUCGCUCUUACCUGUCUAAGAUAUUGGAUUAUCUUUCGUGAUCUUUGGUGCUAUCCUAGUACCAACAGGAUCCUCGAUGAGUUUAAAUUAUCUAUGACUCAACAGCUCAUCCUCGCCCCUCUUUUGGAAACAUGGAUCGGCCCAAAUUACCGCCGUUCAAACCUCCUCACUCUUCAUUCAUAUGCGGUAAAAUAUUCAUCUAGGGAUGGAUCGCAGGGGUACAUCAACAUGUUUCUUGCGCGAAAAGCUUACGGGACGGGUCGUAUUAAGAAAAAUACGAGGAAGGAACUUUCUUUGUGGAGAAGAUACAAAGCUCGAUCCCAAAUCUUAGAUUGCAGCGGUCAAUACUUGGAAGAUUUCAUGCCGAGUACUGGUAACAGUGACUGGAAAGCCGAGUUGCCAAAAGUCCAACUAUUAAGUCCUUUUGGAAUGGGCACUACCUGGUAUCUUGCAGCAGCCAAACAGUACAGGGACAUGUUUACGAGUUGGAAGUCCGAAUACUCUGAUCGUUGUCUUCUGGGUACAACCCAUAGCAAUGCUAUGAUUCUAUCUUGGGGAUCAUUCAUGAAGACCUCGAUAUAUCGUUGGGUCAAGAAAUACAAGGCACCAGUCAACCUCAGCCAUCCUUCCGUGACCCAGCUUGUAAUGGAGAAAGCAGAAGUUGUAAGGGAUAUAAUUCAGCUUGAACGGGAUGUUAUUCAAGACUUAGCCAUAGAUGAUGUAUUUCGUUGGGAUGUAUGGGCUUUAUUUCCACAGGAUGAAUUUUCGGCGGAUGAAUAUGGAGAAUAUGAAAUGAGGACUUUGUUUCGUGCAUUUAUGAUGGGAGAUGACUGAAUGUAGAGGAAGGCUUUUGUUCUCACUAAGAAAGUUUAUUAUGCGGCGCCAAAUUAUCAAUGUAUUUCAGGAAUAAUAUUACAAUGUGGACAAUAA